UCUAGCCCAUGGUGUUUGUCCAGCGUGCUCUUAAAACUCUCCAGUGCUGGAAAUUGCACAACCUCCCUAGGCAAUUUAUUCCAGUGCUUAGCAGCAUCCCAGCAGGGCUAGCGGAGACCAGCAAGAUCACACAGAGCUAAUCACCAGCUCUGUCCAUCCAGCUCUCCCCCUUCUCCUCCUCUGCAGCCCCCCUUCUGCCAUUACCGCUCCGAUCGCCAUCCCGAACAGCCAAUGGGAGAAGGAGUGGGAGGACUCAGGAGAUAAAAGCAGGAGGGGCUGAAAUGCUGCAGUGGGUCAAUCUCUGGGUCCUACAGAUGGUCACUGUCUGGAACAGACCCAAUGCAUUUAACUCGCUGCAGCUGCUUGGGAUCAGGGGGGCUGAAGGUGGUUUGAUCUUGGCAGAAGGGAUUGUGAUUUGUUACUUACCAAGCACCAGCAUGCUCGGAGCUCUACAGACUAAUUAAACCCCACACCCUUCGUCCUGAAGAGCUUACAGUGGAAAUAAAUGAUGAAUGGAUGAGAUGUAAAAACAGGGGUCCUGUGCUCAUCUGGCUAUGGGUGCUUGGUAUCCCAGCCCAGGAAUACAAACUAUAGAUCUGAACUGAGCGGCGCGUCUGUGAAGGAACACAGAUGUCACUCCAGCGUUCGCUUCCAAACCUGCUGUUCCAGCCCUGCCUCUCUGGGGUAGCAGCCAGGUUGAAGAUGGGUGGAGUUUAGGAGGUCUCUGGUUCCUCACUGCAGAGUCUGAGCCUCCCAAACUAGGAAUGAAAUAUUCCCUCACCAAGCAAGCGUUAUCCCGGACCUGUUUGGUAGGUGAGGGACAGAGAGAAACUGACCAGCCCAAGGAGCCUGUGAGGUUGUUGGACGUAUUGGUUCAAUUUCCUGGUCAGCAGAUCAGUGCUCUCACCAUGCUUUGUUGGGACUGAGAGGGUCACUGGCCUAGUGGAGAAGCAGGAGACGUGAUAUCUUGAUUUUAGUAAAGCCUUUGACAUAGUCCCACGUGACAUUCUCACAAGCAAACUGAGGAAUGUGAUCUAGAUGAAAUGACUAUAAGGUGGCGACACAGCAGUCUUGGUGCUGAUUGUCCAGAAAAUGGCAGGAGAGAGCGCUGAAGCAACAAGCAAUACCAAGUUCAGCCUAAAACUCAUUAAAGAUAAAUGGAUCCCAAUUACCGUUACUGUCGUCAUCACAGCUUUGAUCAUCACUGUAAUUGCACUGGCGGCCAGGAAGCCUCCCCCCUACCCACGCAGCCCACCCCACGUCACUGCUGCGUGUCCGGACCGCUGGGUGGGAUACCAAGGGAAAUGCUACUACUUCUCAGAGACUGAAGGGAACUGGAACAACAGCCAGAGCCACUGCUCUGCCCUCAACGCCUCCCUGGCUUCCAUUGAUUCCCUGCCGGAGCUGGAUUUCACGCUGCACUAUAAAGGGCUCCCUGACCACUGGAUUGGCCUUCAGAGGGAACGAGGCGAGGGCCAGCCCUGGAAGUGGACCAACGGUUUCAGGUCAGAGGGGAAGGGCAGUGCGCCUACCUGGAUGAAUAUGGGGUCAGCAGCUCCAGGUGCUACUCAGAGAGACAUUUCAUCUGCAAGCGGCCGGACGAUUGCUCUAGAAGGAAGCCAAGUGCUGCAGGAGGGGACACAAUGUCUAAGAUCACGUAAAGGGUCAAUGCAGCCUCUUCAGUGGAUGCAGAACUUACACAUUCAUCAUCUCUUGUGCAGCAUCCUACCUCUGCAACCAUUUCUCCCGCCAGAUCUCUGCUGAAAAACCAUCUUUCAAUGCUCAGAACACUAACUCUACUGCAGAAUAACUUCAUUACCAUGGUACUACUGAACAGGUGCUUUAGAGGUUUAAAUCUAAUAUUGCGUUAAUACCUAAAGUGAAUAAGCUAUUUAGAUUAUGAAGAAUCCCUGCUUUUAUUUAAAAAAGAGUAUGUUUGUAGCUUGGUUGGUUAUGAAUAUACCCUGGCAAAUCAAAGAGAGCCUGAGUCAGCAGAGAACUUGAAACAAUAACUCAGACAAGUGCCCCAUUUAAUUGAUUGAUGUGUUAACUCUGGAACUUAGUGAUGACACUAACUUCCUUAUUUUUCCUCUACGCCGUUUUUUCCUGGUAAGGGUUGUGGCAGCAGCAUGGAGAUUAGGGACAACUAGACCUCCCUUUCCUCCACAACAGACUCCAGCUCCUCCUGGGGGAUUCCCAAGCAUUCCCACGAUGGGCUGGCCCUCCGCAAUGGAAACUGGCCUGACACUAAAAUGACGACAUUAAUUCGUAAAUUAAUUGUAGCUCAUUUUAGUGGAUGAGAGCUUGGAGCUGCAGAGGGGAGAAAGGAAGAGAGUGACAAAGACGGGGGGAAAGAGCAGACAGGGGAGGAUGGAGAAAGAAGAGACGGAAAGGACAGGUUGCUCUAAAGGGAGGAUCCCCCUGAGUGAUGUUGAAUGUGGGACAGAAGAGCUAAGAACUCAGGCCUGGAACUUCAAAGGUUUCCUUGUAGCCUAAAUAUCUUUGAGUGUCUAGGUCUCCAUUACUAGUUUAAAGCCAGAUUCUGCUACUGGAAUGUGCUUUUAUUUGGAGAGUUUUCAUAAAUCUCUAGCCUCAGGAGUCAUGUGAUUACAUGAGACUAUUUCUAGCCUUCGUGAUUGUAGAAAAAAGUUUGAAAAUCAGAUCCUCCUCUCCCCUAACAAAGGUUAAAAAAAAAAAAACCUCAAUUUGUGUAUUUUAAAAAGUCAUGAUUUUGGGCGGGAUUUUUGAAUAUUUGGGUUUGACAAAACUGGAUUAACAAAAUCUAAAGGCCAUAAAUUUUGGUCGCAACUUGAACUGGGUGAAAUGUUUUGACAAAAUUUUUUUAUUUUUGGCCAAAAAUGCAGAUCUGGUGACACCAAAACAAUAUGAGAAUGUUUAUCAAUUUUGCCAAAUCAAUUUAGCAGACAAACCACCUAAAAACAAACUCCAAAAAAAGCCGAACACUUAACUUCGCUGGUUUGGGCUUUUUGUUUCAUAA